AUCAACAUAAAAACCGUCUCAUUUCAUGCAGAAUUUAUCCUAGCAGUGAAAAGAUGGGGGACAAAUACUUCAGACUUGUGUGCUUCGUGGUGAAUAUUUGUCCUGAACCUUUAAGAGAACUUUUCAUUAAGCUUGCUAAGGAUGAUGCUGGGACUUCUUAUACGGACAUUGAUGCAUAUCUGUCACAAAAACAUCGAGAUGUGAUAAAACUGAAGAGGAAAAGAAAAAUUAGAGAUGAUCAGUAUGACUUGCUCUAUCCUAGUCACGGCAUCGCUGAUGUAAAUCAAUGGGAUGUGUCCCUGCUUAUUACAUUGAUUACGGAAAUGUUUGAUGCAAGUCAUAAGCCAAUGCAAACUUAUCUUAUAAAUGAAAUUCGCGGGAUAAGAAACCAGUUGCAGCAUCUUCCAAACACAUCAAGCAUGUCCGACGAAGACUUUGAUAUGUAUUGGGGACGCCUUGAUACAGCGACCAUGACUUUAGCUAAGGAGAUGUUUAAUGCUACACGUGAAGCAGAGUUUCGCCAGAAAAUUUGUGAUGCUAAGACUGGUCACUUACCAGAUCUUGGUGAUGCUUUACGGAUAUGGUACGAAGAAAAAAUUCGACAAAUAGCGGACACAAUUCAGGAAAUGAAAAUCAAAUUAGAUGAAGUUGGAUCCAAUACAAGGGAAGCAACGUCAAUUCUACGGAAGGUGAUUGUAGAAAAACCAGGGCCUGCAGGGGACAAAAACAAAAGAAUAAAAACUGCAGACAGCAUUCUGAUGAAACUUCAAGCAAGUUUUGAAGCGACAAUCAAGGAAUUACCAGACACUUUUAAUGCACCAUCAGAAGUUGCCGACAUCCGAACAAAGCUUAGAGAUAAUCACUGCGUGAUUGUAACCGGAAGUGACAACAGUCGUUACUUUGAAACAACUCUUGCAGCCAUAAAAGGAAUGAAUCACAAUCAUAAACGAAGUGUCGAAAUGAACAAGUCAUCGGUCUGGCGCCAUAUUGAUCCUGAAGAUGUUGAUUUGGUUCUAUGCAGAAAUCCGUUUGGAAAUUUUUCGUAUGAUGAAAACAAGGCUAAAAGUAUGGCUGAUAUAUUUAACAGUAUGAUGCAUACUACGAAAGGAGACGGUGGCAAAAGUUUAGACAUAAUCAUGAUAACAGACUCGAAGAUUCUGGCGGAAUGCAAACAAUUCCAUGAUCACGACAUCCUUGAAGACGUUGUCAAGGUGUUUGAUGAUACAAGCGAGACUCAUCCGGUAGACCUUACACCUGAGUGCAGAAAUCAGGAUGUGCACUCGACUUGUUCAGCAGUUAACAACAAUUUGAAAGUCAUGACCAGCAACUUCCUGAAGCAAUAUAGAAUCAGCAGCGGUCAAGUUGACGAAGAAAUUCUCAGAAAAACUAGGGUUAAAUUCAGGGCAAAUAAAGCAAUUGCGCUGACAGGUCCUAAGAAAUGCGGAAAGACAUCAGUAGCAGUCGCCACAGCUUCGUCUUAUGAUCCAUCACAAUGUAUACUUCUGACUGAACCAAACGAUUUUAAGACGAUUGAUUUGAAAAAUACCUGUUUGGUAAUUAUUGAUGAGUUUGCCGGAAAGUACUGUUACGAUGAGAAAGACGUGUAUAAAUGGUAUAGUAUGUUUGACCAUUUGUAUAAUGCCAUAACGGCAGGACAGAUGAACGUGAUAAUCACAUGCGAAAAAAGCAAACUUGACAAAAGUUGCGACGAGGUUUCACCACACCCUUUGCUUGAACACAGAGUAAGCAUGCCCGAACCUACCAUUGCCAUCAAACAGGAGAUACAUCAAAAUACAGAACUUGAUACAGGCCCGCUGUCACAGAUUCAGGAACAUCAAAGAGAAACACAUAACCAGGCAAGCAUUCCAUCUGCACAGAGAUUAACAGGUACACAUGUAUGGUCAGACAAGGAUAGAUAUAAGAGUAUCAUUCGAGUAAAUGGUGAGAGAUAUAGAUGUGUUGUCGAAGGUUGUUGCCUUUUACCUUCUGGAGAGAUUCUGUUAGCAGACAGCGGUAACGACAGACUGAAGAAACUCGACGCCAGGUACCAGGUGAUCAGUGUGUGUGAUAUGCCUGCAUAUCCCAAUGAUGUGUGUUAUAUCGGUAACAAUACAGCUGUAGUAGCACUAACCUCCAAUAAACUGCAGUUUGUGGAUAUUAUGGGAGGUAUAACACUUACCAAGUUUGUUAAUACAGAUCAUUCUUGUAUGGGACUGGCCUAUCGUAAUAACCAGUUAUAUGUUGUCGGUGACAGUUCCGUGUAUAUAUAUAGUAAAGAUGGUAAAAAGGAGAGUAUUCUAUAUACUCAUCAGUCUCGUUAUACCUCCUUCCAAAAUAUUGCACUAAGUGAUGAUGGUAGUUUGAUAUACAUCUCAAACAUUAAAAAUGAGCUAGUAACCAUUAACAGUUCAGGAAAACACCUGUACACAUUUACUGAUUCAGAGCUCGAUGUGGAGUUUGUGUAGAUGGUGAAGGUCAUGUCUUUGUAUCUUGCGUUUUCUCAAACAAGAUAAUACAACUUAGUUCUGAUGGUAAGAUGAAACUGGGAAUCAUAUCAGAUUGCUCUGAUGACACAUGCCUGACAAGAACAUUGUGUUUUGAUAAGGACAAUACAGCUUUGGUAGCAGCUGGUGGUGAUGAUAAUAUCCAUGUUUUAAAACUACAGUGAUAAUACAUAUCUAUUAGUUGACUGUUAAAUAUAUACAACAAAUAAAAUCAUUAACUUGAAAGUAAUGUUUAAAACAUUUUUGUGCAGUUUAAUUUUGAUUUUGCCUCCUUUCUUGUCUAACAAACUUAUAAAGAUACGUGUACGUA